AUGUCCGCGCCAUCAAGCGGGUUUGGAGACGUCGUCGACCAGAGUUCAUCCCAGGUAGCUCAGACUCCGUCGGUGGCUUCGUCCUCCAACACAGCGCAGUCACCAGAAUCCUCUUCGAACACGGCCCAAUCUAACGCUUCAUCUUCGCGGCAAGAAGGCUCCGAUGUCACCCAAACCUUCACUAACAGUACCAGCAGCGGUGAACACGCCACCUUUGGAACGGUGACGUUCAAACCCGGCGAGUGCGUCAUUGGCAAGCCCGAUAAAUACCGAUAUUUCAACAAGGGUACACUCAACUACUGUGUCCGAUGGGACAGUACUAAAACGCUCUCCAAGACCGUGGCUUCCAAGUUCAAAGCCAUGCUUGAGCGUCAGUACGCAGCGUGGAACCACUGGCUUAUCGGCUACGACUGCUGGCCGUAUAACGAGAUCAAGAUCAACAUCGUUGGCUUCGCUGUGAAGGAGGCGUCGCUGCUUGAUUGGUCAGACGAUUCUCUUGGCGCGAUUACGGUUGCGGAUCUCGACUCGGAUGGUGUUUCGCAAUGCGAUCAGAGCUGUUACCGAUUCUACGACAAUGGUGCCGGCUCAUGGUCCGACACCAGUUCGUGCAAGGGCGAGCCGUUCGAUAUUUCCUUGUGGCCGAAGCAAGGUCUCGAAGGCGGCUUUGGCUACGACUGGGGUCAGGAGGUAAAUCUGGAGAAUAUGCUACAGACUAUCGAUGAGGAACAACUUGUCAUCGUGGCCCACGAAAUCGGCCACGGUUUCGGACUUCCUGACUUUUACGAGGAAGCGGAUAAGCCCAAUGACUACGACGGCUGGAUGCUGCGUCGUGUCCUCGAGCACUUGAAGCCUCGCUAUAACUUUUAA